AUGGAGUUGGAUGAAACCAUAAGUGAAAUGUAUGAUAGAUUUGUGGAGAUUAUAGGAGGAAUUAAAUCUCUUGGGAAGACAUUCACAAAUGAGGAGCUAGUAAAGAAGAUUUUAAGAAGUCUUCCUAAGGAGUGGCUACCCAAAGUAACUUCACUCAAGGAUUCCAAGGACCUGAGCAAGGUACAACUUGAUGAGCUCUUAGGAAAUCUCAUUGACUAUGAGGUGACCCUCAAAAGAGAGCAAGUGGAGGAACCUAACAAAGCCAAAAAGACCAUUGCCUUCAAAGUAUCUUCUGAAAACUCAAGUGAUGAAGAUGAUGAGUUUGAUGAGGAAGAAUUGGCUCUAAUGACAAGGAGAAUAAGGAAGAUGCUCUUCCAAAACAAGAAGUUCAUCCCAAAGAGGAACUUCAAGAAGGACAAGGGAGAAAGUAGCAAGAGGGAUCCUCCCAUAUGCUUUGAAUGUAACAAGCCGGGUCACAUUAGAGCAGAUUGUCCCAAAUUGAAGAAGCCUUUUAAUAAGUUUAAGAAGUUCAAGAAGUUCAAGAAGAAGGUACUUAAAGCAACAUGGGAUGAAUCAAGUGACUCCGAAGAUGAGGAGAUUGGUGAUCAAGUUGCCCAAAUGUGCUUCAUGGCAAUGGAGGAAAGCUCCAAUGAGGUAACUUUAAAUGAUGAUGUUGUUGAAUUUUCUUAUGAUGAACUAGUUAAUGCUUUUAAAGUUAUGAAUGAUGAACUAGAAUUAAGGCAUAAGAGAAAUAAACUUUUGAAAAGUGAGCUUGCUAGUUUAAGGAAGGAGAAUGAGACCUCAUCUAAGGUUGAUAGACCUUUGGAUAGUAAUAUGCAAAAAUCCUUAGAUGAGCUUUCAUUAGAAAAUGAGAAGAUGAGUGAUAACAAAAUGUUGUUUAUUGGUGAAAGAAUUCAAAAUAUUUAUGUUAUCGAUUUGCAUGCUUUGUCUAACAAAGAGGUCAAGUGCUUUGUUUUUAUUAGUGAUGACUCUUGGACUUGGCAUAGAAGGCUUGCACAUGCUAGCAUGGACCUUCUUGCAAACUUGAACAAGGAUGAGCUAGUUGAUGGGCUACCAAAGAUCAAGUUUUAA